AUGCCAUCCAACAGCCACAUCGGCCAGCGGCUGUCCUAUGACGGCGCCCUCUGCACGGUCCGCUACAUCGGGCCCGUCACCGGCACGUCGGGUACCUGGCUCGGCGUAGAAUGGGAUGACUCCGGACGCGGGAAGCACGAUGGCCAACAUGGAGACGUCCGGUACUUUUCAUGUCUGUCCAAGAACCCCAACGCCGCCUCAUUUGUGCGUCCGUCCCGUCCCGCCGACGCUUCACAGAGCUUCGUCGCCGCGCUGCACGGCAAGUAUAACGCCGAGGCGGUCGCAGAGCGCGAAUCGCAGAUCCAGAUCGUCUUCUUCGGCACGAAGCCCGCCGAGGAGGUCGGUUUCGAUAAGAUCCGCCGGCAGCUGGCGCGCGUUGAGGACCUGACCAUCGUGAUUCUCGACGGCGCACGUGUCGCCGUCGAUGCCGCGCCCGGCGACAAGGGCGUUAAGGAGACGAGCCCUCUCAUUGCAGAGUUGGAUAUCAGCAGGAAUCUAUUUGAAGAGUUUGGACAAGUAGUGAAAAUCUGCCAGGAGCUUGACAGCUUGAGGAGUCUGAGGCUGAACGGCAACCGCUUUCGGCUCAUUGAGGACGACGAGACCAGUGCAUUCACGAAGGUCACUGAAUUAGAGCUCGAGGAAACAUUGCUGGAUUGGGGAGCUCUCUGCGGCAUUGCCCUUAAGUUUCCAUCUCUGGCAACCCUGAGCGGCAGCCUGAACCAGCUGUCCGUUCUCCCAACCGUUUCAUUUGGCACUCUCGCCGACACCCUCACGACUUUGACACUCGAAUUCAAUGACUUCACCUCCUUCGCUGACCUCGCGCCCCUUUCUUCUCUUACCUCCCUCCGCAAUCUCCAUCUCAAGGGCAACAGCAUCGCCGCCAUCUCCCCUCCCUCUGUCCCAAGGCCCAUCUUCCCGCCGAGUCUCCAGUACCUCGAUAUAUCUUACAACGCCGUCACGACAUGGUCUUUCGUCGACGCACUCCCCACCUCCUUCCCAGGCCUCACAGCCCUCCGUUUUGCCCACAAUCCCGUCUAUGACCGGCCGGAUCCGGAGGCCAUAGGCGGCGGCUCCCAGACAAAGUCGACGGACGAGGCAUUUAUGAUUACCAUCGGCCGCCUCGGCGCCCUGAAAGCCCUCAACUUCACUCCAAUAUCGGCGGCUGACCGCGCCAACGGUGAGAUGUUCUACCUCUCCCGUAUUGCAAAACAGCUCGCCUCCGUCCCUGAGGCCGCCGAGCCAGAGGUCCUCGCCCAGCACGCCCGUUACGCCGAGCUCUGUGGCAUCUACGGCGCUCCGGACGUCAUCCGCCGUGACGAGAUUAAUCCGACCUAUCUCGAGGCGCGCCUCAUCACCGUGCAUUUCGCGCACACGAUGGAGACCAAGACAACCAUGAUCCCAAAAUCCUCCGACAUCUACGCCGUCAAGGGUGUUGCGGGAAAGCUGUUUGGCGCGGAGCCCCUGCGUCUUCGCCUGGUAUGGGAGACGGGCGAAUGGGAUCCCGUUGGCGGAUUUGAUGAAGACGAGAACGCGGAUGACAGCAGCGACGGGGAGGACGCUGGGAGGGGCGGUGAGGGGGCCGAGACAUGGACUGAUGCUGCUGCGCGGGAGGAAAAGGGCGGUAGGUGGGUGAAGAGAGAGGUCGAACUCAAGGAUGGGCCUAGGCAGCUGGGGUUUUGCGUGGACGGGAUGGAUGUCAAGAUCCGUGUGGAGGAUAGGUGA